AUGGUCAUCGAGUUUGAAUCAACUCAUGUAGUGAUCACUGCCGUCUUCUUACUACUUGUCGUUGUGGACAUCGCCGGCAAUACACUUGUUUGUUUGAUUAUAAAAAGGCAUCUUCAAACGAGAAUCACCAUAAAUUACCUUCUUGUGAACCUGGCUGUCUCCGAUAUUCUGUUCGCAACCUUUAUUACACCAAAGGUUAUCGUCAGCCUCAAUCUAAGGCAGCCAAAUGGAGUGGCAGGUUUAGUCCUUUGCAAACUGCUGACUGGAGGGAAUCUGGCUUGGAUUCCCGGAAUUACCUCAGUUUUUACUUUGGUGGCGAUCUCCUUUGAAAGAUAUUACACCGUGGUUUAUCCGCUUGAUCCAAAUAGAAAACUGACCCAGCAUAAACUGAAGAUAAUUGUUCUUUGCUCGUGGGCAUUUUCAGCAGUUUUUAACUUGCCCAAGUUUCUUACGCGAACAUUUGAUGAACAGAAAAACCAUUGUAUUCAAAGCUGGCCUAAAACGUGGAUGAUUACAACAUACUGUUUGGCAUGGCUGUUGUUAGUUAUUGCUUCGGCUGUUAUCAUGAUUGCACUUUACUCCAAAGUCGUCUACACUUUGUGGUUUAAGUCUAAUGACAACAAUCCUUUAAACCAUAAACAACAAAGUGUGCUGAGGGUUCGAAAACGCGUCACUCUGAUGGUCAUAACGGUCAGUUUCAUCUUUGCAGUUUGUUGGGGAACCGAAUCAAUCGAAUACGUUUUAAGAUUUCUCACAUCUCUCGAAAUCAGCUUUGUUCAAAUAACUAUUGUUGACAUGAUGGUUUUGUUCAAUUCAGCUGUAAAUCCCUUUGUGUAUGCCCUCCUGAAUCAUCAUUUCAGGCAGAAGAUCAAGGGAGUGAUGUGUUGCACACGCCUCGUGGCGCCCAGGCCGCGGGCUGAAACAGCUCUGGAGACUAAGCUUUAAUUCAAUAUACAAUUAACCUUGACCUAUUCAUGUUUUGAACGCAUGUAAGAUUGUUUUUUAUAAUUAUUAUUUCAAACAUUGCGGACCUACAGGGAAAGUCUGACCGGUAUAUUGUGAAUGAGCCCCAGAAAUCUAUCAACUAUUGUUUUAACGGGCUUCAAAACUAAGCCAAAAGGGUUUGUAUACCUAUAUGCAUGCCCUGGAUCUUGUACUUUAAACGAAUAUUUUACAGUUUAUCGUUCAAUACUGCUUUAUGUGAAGUUUAUCCUAGGUUUCACUACUUUACAGGGUUUUUCACGGAUUUUAGCCCAACAUCGGAAGUUGAUGCCAACUACUUAUUCACAUUUUAGCUCUAUUUGCUUAGAGUUUGAGGUGAAAUUGGCAUAUAUUUUCUAAAUGUGUUAAGUGGGAAGUGACGAAAGGCAUAGUAUUUCUAAAGGUACAAGGAAAAGUGUAUCGAAACAAAAUCGAUCAUAAGGUAGAUACUGUCAAUUUAAAAACGUUUUACACGCAUGAAGCUCUUGGCUUUCUGUCUUGCGCAGCAAAAAAUAUCUUUUGCAGUUGUUUUACUCAUAUGUAAGCUGCAUCGUAUUCUUUUAGUUCAGCUUUGCAAGCGAUCAUCACUCCGUAAAUUAAACGGUUGAAGCCGUUUUUUUGCAUCAACUCUUACCAAAUUCUUCCUCCUCUUGUUUGAGACAAACUGAAUGGAUCGAUUUGGUUUUUGACAACUGGAAAUGUGCUUCUUCCUUUCCUUUAUUCCUUUAUCCUCUUUCGUUUACUUUUCACCUUAUCUUUUUUAUUGUCUGCUGUUACUGCUAAGCUAUGUCGGAUGACAUAAUGAGUCUCCAGCACCUUAGUUAUGUGCAAAAACCUGUUACAUCCUUUAAUUGUUAAAUGUCUCAUUGUCCCGAUGCAGAACCUCUCUUUAAGUGUCUGAAAUUUUUUAGCUUGUUUUGACUGGCAAAGGGAAUUUUUAUUUAUAUUUUGUGAAGAUGAGGACUUUUUCGUGCAGUUUCCGUAUGUAUAUUAAAACAAAGAGGUAGGCAGUACAUAGAUGUGUUUUCUGUUACAGUGGCAUGGUGUUGAAACUAAACAUUGUAAGGGACUUUGUUUCUUCAAGGAUCACAAGAUCUUUUUAACGUUAAUUCUAGAUGGUUCGCAGCUUUGGCAACUUUCCAAAAUUAAUUCCUUCCGUGAUGCUGUUCUAUCGAUAUUUUUUCAAGACUUCCUUAGAGCACAUUUGAUGAUGUCAAAUUGAAAAUAGAAAAUCCCAAUAACUGAACAAUAAAAUAAUUUCUCGAACAAAACUCAUUGAGGUAGAUUACGACUAGAUGCUUCCUAAAAUGGUUUUAUCGAUAGAAAUAUUUGUGUCGAUUAAGCUUACUAACUUGCAGCAUUUUCUCAUUAAUAAUUCGAAAUAAAACUUACUUGAAACGCGAUGCAAGUUGUUACCUAGCUCGAUAUUUACCGCUUGAACACAAAUUUUUAAGGAUACUUCCCACCUUCGCGGUGUCCUUUCGGGAAAAAAAUUCGUACACACGCUAGUUUCACUAAAAUCUUAGCAAACUGUAUAUCAGAAGAAACC